AUGGCUACAAUCCUCCCGAAAAUUGGUUUCAUCAACGACAAGCAAAUUAACGAAUUGAUACAAAAUGUAUCGGAUGAAGUCAUCGACGAAAGCGUUAUCGAGACGUCAGACGUCAUAGACGCAUUCAUCAAUGAGAUGUUAGACGACGUCAUCGACGAGAUUGUGACCUCCGAUGAUAAGUAUCUCCAGGACGAAAGCGAUAUGGAGACGUCGGACGUCAUAGACGCAUUCAUCAAUGAGAUGUUAGACGACGUCAUCGACGAGAUUUUGACCUCCGACGACGCACCAUCGACAGAGUUGCAGCCGAAAUGGACGUGGAAAUGGGUCAAACGGGUUGUACGUGGAAUCUGUUCCUUCCGAGGUUCAAGAAGUUGA